AUUUGAAGAAAAAAUUUAAUGCAGUAAAGAUGAAAAAAUAUAAAGUUUUAAAAGAUGUAUCGCACUGGAAUCUAAAAAUAAAAUCUGCAUCGUCAAUUUAAAUAUGCCUCAAUCAAGUUCAAAAAUAUUAAGAAUGUUCUGAUACUUGACAUAUACUCUGAAAUGAGGUAUAUUUAUAUGAUGGCAUGAUGUCAUGUUGAUCCCAAAGAUUAUCAGGAGUCUUAAUCUGGGACUUGUUUGUGGGAAAUGGGGGUGUUCAGAGUUUACUAGAUUAAAAAACCCCAUGACCUACUUGGAGAAAAAUAUUCAACAUUUGGUAAAAAUAAAGAUUUUAUUUUAGCAUCAAACUGAAUUUUUUGGUCAACAAAAAGGGAAUAAUAUUGGGGUUAAAAACAUGCAUUCUUUUAAUUGAAUUCCCUGAUAGUUUAUUGAACAAAGCUGCAGAGCUGUGUAAAUACGAUGAAGACAUCUUGGUGUGACAUGAAAACCUGCCUGUCAAUAACUGAGGAUUAUCGAGGUCCGUGGAACACCUUCAUCUGCAGAAACCCGUAUAAUCUGGAGCAGGAUAUAACAAGCUCCCGACUCCUCCUCAUCGUCAGCCUCUGCGGACGCAGCGCAGCAGAAGUUUGUGUCUCUGAGUGGAUGAAGAAGCGAUGGCCGUGUUUUUGGACUCUGAGUUCCCUCUGAUCAAGCAGAAGUCGCAGAAGGAGCUGGUGGAUCUGAAGAUGCUGUUUGGAGAACAGGAGGCCUGCAAAGAUGGUCGGAGUGAGAGCACGGCGUCCUCCCAGGAGACAGACAGAUGCCCCGCUUUGAUGGAGGGCCAGAGGAAAAGGAAGAGGACCAUAUUCAGUCGAGCCCAGCUGUCUGAGCUGGAGCAGGCCUUCGCUGUGACUCCAUACCCGGACAUCACCCUCAGGGAGAGGCUGGCUGCACACACACACCUGCCAGAGAGCAAGAUACAGGUGAGAUUCAGUCUCCAACUUUAACAAAUCAGAUUGUUGUACACUAGCUGUUAGAGAGGAGCUAAAAUGCUCAUUACAUGCUAAAAAGGGUAUUUGGGCUGUAGUUCAUGUUAUGGAUUUAUUUAUAUUAAUCAAUUCCUGGCCUGAUUAUCUUAGCUGCAUGUCUUCUCUCUCUUUCAUUACCCAUUUCCUGUCUAACUACUCUCAAAUAAAGGCUGCCUGAGCCAAAAUAACCCUAUAGAAAUAUUGUUUGUUAGUUUACUAAAUGAUUUGAGUAAGACUAACUUAAACCCAAUUGAAUUCCUUGUUACCAAUUGUAGCAAUUCAAUUAAGUUGGUUCAA